GUAUGGUAUGAAUAAUCAAAACAAUUUUCUAAUAAUCUUGACGCGAGUGAAUAUAAAAGUAGUUUAGUAAUGGCAUGAUAUUCUAAUCUCGACUCUACGAGUUCACGGUAUACUUCGUUGAUCAUAUUCAUACCAUGAGUUCCUCAAAUACUGAUUCUGUGCUCAGUGUUGUAGUUCAACAGAUGAUGAUAAACAAAAAUAUCGUGGACUACGAAUAUGACGUCGAUGGAGGUACCUCCAGAACAGAUGGAUUCUUAGGGGAUGUGAUAUUUUUUCAUGUGAAAUAUAAGAACAAAAUAGAUUACCUCGUUUUGAAAACAGGAAAAACGAAUGAAAAUGUUCGGAAUCUUGUGGAUGCUGAUACUUUGUAUAAUAGAGAAAUUUGUAUGUAUACAAAAGUUAUUCCAUUACUAGAAGAAUUCGCCAAAAUCAAGAAUAUCACAGUUUUACCAACAUUCAUACCCAAUCUUGUAUUUCACCAUAAGGAAAGCCUUGUCUUGGAAAACCUCAGAAAACAAAAUUUCCAAAUGUGGAAUAGAAGAAAACCUAUGACUUUAGCACACCUUGAGCUCCUCUAUGAAAAUUAUGGAAUUUGGCAUGGGGUCACAAUGGCCUUCAAGAAUCAAAAACCUCAGGAAUUCUUGAAAUGUGUAAGUGGUUGGCGUGAUUGCAGAUUCAGAUUAAAUAAAACAUUAGCUCUUUCGCGGUAUCUCAAAAAAGAAUUUUCUGAAGCAAUGAUAAGACUGGCUGAUAGGAAUAGAAGUGAUUUGGUUGAUGUUUAUAAAAAUUAUAUUGACAAAAUAGAUGAUGUGCUGUAUAGAAGAGACCUUAAAAAGGAAGACAUGCUGAUAAUUAGUCAUGGUGACACUUGGUGUAAUAACUACUUGUUCAGAAACGAGCUUCCUGCCGAGGAAUCCAAACCAAAUCGAGUAUAUUUUCUAGAUUUCCAACUGUCAAGACCUGAAUCUCCAGGAACAGAAAUAAGCAGUAUUCUGUACACUAUGGGAGGCAAGGACUCUUUCGAUAACAUAGAUAAGCUGCUCAAAAUCUACCAUAGCAAAUUAUCAGAAACAUUGAAGAGAUUAGGAAGUGAUCCAGAGAAAUUGUUCACAAUGAACGACUUGAAAAGGCACUGGAAGCGAUAUGCUUUUUUCAAUGUUUUACAUAGUUUCAUUUAUACAAGAAUUUCACUGUGUGAUGACGAUGAUGCUCCAGAUCUGAAUCAGAUGGCUGAGAAUGGGGCAGAUUUCGAUGGCGCUUUCUUUUUCGAGAUGAAAAAUAUGGAUUUGUUCUGGGACAGGGUUCUAGAAAUAUUCAUACAUUAUGGAGAGAUGUUGAAAGAGCCUAUAUAUGAAUGAAUGUUUCGAACAUAUUUCACAAUUUAGCAUUAUAAAAAAACAAUUUCCUAGUUGAUUACGUUCUUAAAAACAAAAGAUAUCUUUUAUUCAUUUUUGUACAUAAAUAUAGUUUAUUUUGAUUUCGA